AUGGCUGCCCAAGCUCCCACCGAAGCUCUCAAGGAGCUCCAAGUGGGCGAGGCCGCCACCACAAACGGCAAGGAAGCGCCGGACGGCAAUGCGGUAGACAACGACAGCGACGACUCGGAGGACGAGGGCGCUGCGGCCCCCGAUGCCGCCGGCGGUGAGGGUGCCGCUAAGAAGAAGAAAAAGAAGAAGAAGAACAAGAAGAAGAAGAAGGCGCCGACCGCCCAGUCCGACCCACCCCGUGUCCUCAUGUCGCAGCUCUUCCCGCAGAAGAACUACCCCGUCGGCGAGGAGUGCGAGUACCUAAACGAGAACGCCUACCGGACGACGGACGAGGAGAAGCGCCACCUGGACAACCUCAACUCUGACUUCCUGACCGACUACCGCGAGGCGGCUGAGAUCCAUCGCCAGGUCCGCCAGUGGGCCCAGAAGAACAUUAAGCCCGGUCAGGGACUGACCGAGAUCGCCGAGGGCAUCGAGGACGGCGUGCGCGCGCUCACGGGCCACUGGGGUCUCGAAGAGGGCGACGCGCUGAAGGGCGGCAUGGGCUUCCCGACCGGUCUGAGCAUCAACCACUGCGCCGCACACUACACACCGAACCUCGGCAACAAGAUGGUCCUGCAGCAGGAGGACGUCAUGAAGGUCGACUUUGGCGUGCACGUCAACGGACGCAUCGUCGACAGCGCCUUCACGCUGGCGUUCGAGCCCAAGUACGACAACCUGCUCACAGCCGUCCGUGAGGCGACAAACGCCGGUGUCAAGGAGGCGGGCAUCGACGUGCGGGUGGGUGACAUUGGAGGCGUCAUCCAGGAGGUCAUGGAGAGCUACGAAGUUGAGAUUGACGGCACAACGUACCCCGUCAAGUCGAUCCGCAACCUCAACGGCCACACGAUUGAGCGGUGGAGCAUUCACGGCGCCAAGAGCGUGCCCAUUGUAAAGAGCAACGACACGACCAAGAUGGAGGAAGGCGACGUGUUCGCCGUGGAGACAUUCGGCAGCACUGGCAACGGCUACGUCCGGGACGACAUGGAGGUCUCGCAUUAUGCCAAGCGCGGCGACUCCAAUGUGCCGCUGCGCCUGGAUUCGGCCAAGAGGCUGCUGAACGUGAUCAACAAGAACUUUGGCACGCUACCGUUCUGCCGGCGAUAUCUGGAUCGUCUGGGGCAGGAAAAGUAUCUUCUAGGUUUGAACAACCUGGUGAGCGCCGGAAUUGUCGAGGCAUACCCGCCACUGGUGGACAAGAAGGGCUCCUACACGGCGCAAUUCGAACACACGAUCCUGAUUCGGCCUACGGUGAAGGAGGUGAUCAGCAGAGGAGAGGACUACUAG